AUGGCUAGCACUACACCCCUCAAUGUCCUUGUCUUUAGUAAGACUACCGGCUACCGCCACGAUUCCAUCCCAGCUGGUAUACAUAUGUUCCACAAUCUGGCCAACAGCACGAAACUCUUCCAUGUCACAGCUAGUGAAGAUGCCUCGCUAUUCACGUCCUCAUCCCUAGCCCAAUACCACGUCAUUGUCCUCCUCCAGAAUAUCGGCGACGAGAUAUUCACACCUUCCCAAUUAGACGCCUUGAGGACCUGGGUACGAAAUGGGGGCGGUAUCAUAGCUAUUCAUGGUGCGGCCGCAGCCAUGCAGGGAAAUGAAUAUUACAGGGGAUUGAUCGGGGCGAGUUUUGAUAUGCAUCCUGACCCUGAAGCUGGCACUAUCCUACCCGAGAACUCUUCUCAAGAACAUCAAAUCAUGAAAUGCUGCGGUGGGCGUGAGGGCUGGAAGGACGAAUGGUAUAAUUUCCACACGCACCCUAGGGAGAACAAGAACCUGCAGAUCUUACUCAGGGGAGACCCGAAGACGUUUAGUGGGGGAAAACAUGGAGAUGACCAUCCGUUGGUAUGGUGUCAGGAAUUCGAGGGUGGAAGGGUAUUCUUUACGGCGUUGGGGCAUUUUGAUGAAGCGUACGAGGACGGUUGGUUCGUAGGACAGGUGAAGAGGGGGAUGCUUUGGGCUUCGGGGAGAGCAGAAGACUAA